CCCGGUGGAGGGAGACAGCGGGCACCCACCCGCCGGGGCCCCGGCCCGACCUCGGGGCUGCCCGGCUCCCGGCGAGUGGCGUGGAACGAGUUCGACGCUUUCCUCAGUCCUGGCAGGAUGCUGCCUUUCUCCCGGACCCAGCUGGGGCUCUUCUUCAUCCUCCUGUGCCCCGCUAACAUCAUCGGGCUCUGGUGGGCAGUGGGGAGCCCCCUGGUCAUGGACCCCAACAGCAUCUGCCGCAAGACAAAGCGGCUGGCGGGGAAGCAGGCAGAGCUGUGCCAGCUGGAGCCAGAGAUCGUGCAGGAGGUGGCCAAGGGCACCAAGCUGGGCGUCCGGGAGUGCCAGUACCAAUUCCGCUUCCGCCGCUGGAACUGCACCAGCCACAGCAAGUACUUCAGCAAGAUCCUGCAGCAGGAUAUCCGUGAAACAGCCUUCGUGUACGCCAUCACGGCGGCUGGAGUGAGCCACGCCAUCACGCAGGCCUGCAGCAUGGGCGAGCUGCUGCAGUGUGGCUGUGAGCUGACACGGAGCCGGGCCCCCCCCUCACCCACGGUGGGCCCAGGCUCAGAGGGCACCGCCUGGGAGUGGGGGGGCUGUGGGGAUGAUGUGCAGUUUGGCUACGAGAAAUCCCAGCAGUUCAUGGAUGCCAAGAACAAGAAAGGCAAAAAUGACAUCCGAGCUCUUAUCGACCUGCACAACAACGAAGCCGGGCGUUUGGCGGUGCGCAGCUACAUGAGGACAGAGUGCAAAUGCCACGGGCUCUCGGGCUCCUGCACCCUGCGGACCUGCUGGAGGAAGAUGCCCCAUUUCCGCGAGGUGGGCGAUCGCCUGCUCGAGCGCUUCAACGGCGCUUUCAAGGUGAUGGGAGGCAACGACGGGAAGACCCUCAUCCCUGUGGGUGACAACAUCAAGCCUCCGGAUAAACAGGACCUCAUCUACUCGGCCGACUCACCUGAUUUCUGCUCGGCUAAUCGGAAGACAGGCUCGCUGGGUACCAGGGGCCGCGUCUGCAACAGCACAGCCAUGGACACGAGCGGGUGCGACCUGCUGUGCUGCGGGAGAGGGCACCGGGACGAGACGGUGGUGUUGGAGGAGAACUGCCUUUGCCGCUUCCACUGGUGCUGUGUGGUGCAGUGCCGCAAGUGCUCCGUCCGUCAGGAGCUCAGCCUCUGCAUCUGACGGCCUGGGGUCAGGCGAGGACGAUUUGGGAGGCCACCUCCAGGCUCACGAGGCCCCCCCGGGACAGAGACAGGUGGAGCCAGUGGCAGGGUCAGCGUGGGUGAGCUAAACUCCACGCUCUGGGGAGUCCUGGCUUCCCCAGAGGGCAGCGUGGGGCUGCCCAGCAUCCCCGUGGCCCCGUGGUGGGAGCUGCGGGCACAGAGCUUCCGCUAAUAAAGCUAUUUAAAGCCGGUAUGCCACAGCGCUUCCUGGGGAGGGCCGAGAAGCGCUGGCCACCGUACUGGAGUGGAACUAACCGGAGAGCUGUCUUGCCCCAGCUGUGAGUCCCAAUCAGCCACUCUCCUGCCAGCCUCUGGCCCUGCUGGGACCUGUGGCAAAGUCCAGCUAAUU